AUGCGUCGCUUGAUUUUGAUUUCAUCACGUGCAACUCUCCUUCCACCUUGUCAAUUUCAAACCCUACGCACCACCACUACCAUCACCACCACCACCGCCACCACAACCACCACCAUAGUUAGGCCUCUUCAUCCUCCUCCUCCCGAUGAGGCCGCCGUUCGCCAAACGCUGCUCUCCUUCAACAACGACUGGAAGCGCGCCCUGGAGUUCUUCAACUGGGUGGAGGAAUCUUACUCCCACUGCAACUUCCACCACUCCACCGACACCUUCAACCUCAUGCUCGACAUCCUCGCUAAGUUCUUUGAGUUCGACCUCUGUUGGAACCUCAUUCGCCGAAUGCACUCUCGCCCCUCCUCUCCCCCCAACCACGCCACAUUCCGUGUCAUCUUCAAGCGCUACGUCUCCGCCCACCUUGUCGAAGACGCCAUCCACACCUUCCACCGCCUCGGAGAGUUCAACCUCAAGGACCAUACCUCCUUCUCCCACCUCAUAGACGCCCUCUGCGAGUACAAGCACGUCCUCGAGGCCCAAGACCUAGUCUUCUCCAAAGACACGCCCGUGGACGCAAUUGGGAACACCAAGAUCCACAACAUGGUUCUCCGUGGGUGGUUCAAAUUGGGGUGGUGGAGCAAGUGCAACGAGUUCUGGGAGGAGAUGGAUAGAAAAGGGGUUCACAAGGACUUGCACUCUUAUUCAAUUUACAUGGAUAUUCUGUGCAAAGGAGGAAAGCCUUGGAAGACUGUCAAAUUGUUCAAGGAGGUUAAGAGGAAGGGUUUCCAAUUAGACGUUGUGGUUUAUAACAUUCUCAUUCGAGCCAUUGGUCUAUCUCAAGGGGUUGAUUUUUCAAUUAGGGUUUUUCGUGAAAUGAAGGAGUUGGGUAUUAACCCCACUGUUGUCACUUAUAACACCUUGAUUAGGCUUUUGUGUGAUUGCUACAGACACAAGGAGGCACUUGCCUUGCUUCGAACCAUGGCUCGUGAUGGUUGCCACCCCACUGCCAUUUCUUACCAUUGUUUUUUCGCCUCAAUGGAGAAACCUAAACAUAUACUUGCUAUGUUUGAUGACAUGAUAGAGAGUGGUGUUAGGCCCAGCAUGGACACUUAUGUCAUGCUCCUGAACAAGUUUGGUAGGUGGGGGUUUCUUCGCCCAGUUUUUAUGGUGUGGAAGAGAAUGGAGCAACUCGGGUGUAGUCCUGAUGCAGCAGCUUACAAUGCCUUGAUAGAUGCUCUUGUGGACAAGGGGCUGAUAGAUAUGGCUAGGAAGUACGACGAGGAGAUGUUAGCGAAAGGACUUUCUCCUAAACCAAGAAAAGAGUUGGGGACAAAGAUGUUGGGAGGAGAAUCUACUGAUGAAUUGGAUAGGUGUUCUCAAAGUACCAUACAGACAAACAAACCUCUAGUCUAG